AUGCCAACAGUAGAUAGAGCUUUGGCCUUGUUAAGAAAAUAUCCUCGAGUUUCUCCUCAGAAUAUAUCUGAUCUUCCAGGAAGCAAACCACCCAAGUACCACGGUUUGAAACGAAUGCGAAGAGGUCUUGGUCAUCGUGGUGCUUCCCAGUUUCAAGCAUUCCCACCCUUGGGAAUUUUGGGCGCAAAGACGCCAUUUUAUCUUUCUGUUCCUAAAGAACCUUACAACAUUAACAGCAUGUCUGAAAACAAUCUUCACCGUAUUUCGCUUUUAGAGCUUCAAAGACUAAUAGAUCUCAAUCGAAUAAAUCCAUUAGAGCCUAUUGACAUUUCCACACUAUGCAACACCAAUCUUUACCGUUUAAAUGUGGAUCAUGAUCGACAAUAUGGUUUCCAUCUAACUGACGAAGGUAUCGAUAACUUUGUUACUCCUGUUAAUAUUGAAGUUCAGUAUGCUAGCGAAGAAGUAAUUGCAGCUGUGGAAAGAGUAGGGGGAAUAAUCUGUAACCGUUAUUAUGAUCUGUAUUCCGUUUGGGUAAAAUCUGACCCUCAAGGAUUCUUCAUGAAAGGCAUUCCGAUCCCAAAAGCUAAAUUGCCUCCUAAUGCGUUGAUUCCAUUCUACGCGGACGCUGAGUCUCGAGGUUAUCUGGCGGACCCUGAGGCAGUGGCGAAAUCUCGAAUUUGGCUGGCUCAAAAGUAUGGUUAUCGCCCAAUCGAUUUUAGUUCAUCCUCAGAAUCCACUCGAAAGCUGAUGUCUAUGCGGAAAGAUCCUCGACAAAUAUUUCAUGGACUGGAGCCUGGUUGGCUUGUCAGUAUUCCUGACAAAGCGGUUUUAAAGCCGAAAUCUGAUCUCCUUGAUACCUACCACAAAUCUUGA